AUGAUCGUGCUUCAAAAAUCGGAUAACCAACUUUACGCAGACAUUGUUCGAUGUUUGAAACAAAAUUUUCGAUCUGAGUUUCAACCGCCUUUCGUCGCGCCGCAUGGCGAGCGAAAAGUCCGAAUUCGAACGGGUUGUCGUUACAAAUCACAAUUACCGGAAGACCAUUGGCGAGAAAAGUACAAUCGUAAUGUAAAACAGAGUGUUCGAGGUUUUUAUACGCCGGCUCAUGUUCCGUAUGCUUCAGUUGGAGAUGUUUGUUUGGAUGUAAAAGACCUCGUAGUGAAAACAGUUGGCGGUGAACGGAGCCAGGAGAAGGUAGGUUAAAAGCUUCAAAACACGAUUGUUUCACUUAUAUAUUGACAUUUAUUCUCAUUCUAAAAACUGAAAAGACAUUCUCAUUUAAACCAAUUCACUACUUUAUUCUCUAGAAUCAGCUAGGGUACAUAUAAGCAUUUAAUAUACCACAACAAUACGCCACGAGAAAUGCAGCAGUGUCCCUGAUUUGAAAACCAAAUCUAACUUUGUUAUCGGAACCAUGGAUAUCCAUGUCAGAACAUGCGCAUGCACUGCAUGACAUCCCUCUUCGUCAUGUCUUAAUAUCAGCAUCUCGUACAGCUUUUUUUGAAUAGAGGAGUUAGAAAAAUUCCUUCUUUUGAAAAAUAUUUCCUGUCACCCUGAGUGCAAGUAGUUAUCCUGAGUUAUCUCACCCGGUAAAAUUCACCUUGACAACGCAUGGAAGGUUGCUACCUGUUUCAGCUCAUCAUACCAUUAUUUGUAAAGAUUACGAUAUUAUCAAAAGAUAUUAUUAUUCAUCAUUCUUAUGAUUUGAUGGUAUCAUUUUGCAUGGUUCAAAUGAUAAUGAAGCAUGGUUAGCCCUUCAUUCAAUCUAAACAAUAAGAAUGCACCACAACGUCCAAAAAAAAAAAAAGAGAGAUAAACUUAUUUGUUAUUGUUCUUGUUUCAGUGAAAAAAUUCUAGUCUUGCUGCUGAUCUUUGAGAACAAGAGAAAAAGAAGGACGAAGAUCGUGUAAAAACAAAUCAGUAGGUAGGGCUAGAAAACCUAAGUAAUGGAAAAUUAUUGUUUUCACAUCGCAACAAGACGGCAGAAAGAAGAGGACGGCAAAACGCUUGGGUGUGACAAUUGACAGGGCUGUUACUUAUUAAUUUUUUUCCAGUCUUUUACAAAAAGAGAUCUAUUUAAAAGAAGGUGAAGUUUGGCGGAAGGUUUUCUCAAACAAAAUUAUUGUCAUGCUUGUCACACAUUAAGGUUUGCUGUCUUCUUCCCUCUUCCGUCCUGUUGCGUACGUCAGUUCACUCAGCGUACGCCUUCGGUAAGGUGAAAAUACAAUUCUUCUACGGUUUAAAUGAUCCUCUUUCCUUUUUUUUUUUGUAGUAAACUCAAUAAUAAAUUAUAAAUGAUGAUGACCAGAACACUGAAGUUCAAAAGCUGUCUUCGCAAUUGUGUUUUUGGCUGCCGUCAACAUAAUUACGAUCACAAGCAAAGAAGCUACGAAGAGACACACAAAGCGGAUCGAAAUCCACCAAUCACAAACUUCUGUUUUCUAAGAGAUCCGCUAAGAUGACUAACGGCCGUGAAGAACGCAAGCAUCAGUUGGCUUUUGAACUUCAGAAUUCACGUGUUUUUGAAAAGCGCAGUAAGGGGGAGUUUAGAAAAACCCAGGGUUGGUGAGAUUGGAAUUUUACUUAAAGACUUUAUCGGUUCUUUUUUAAUAGUGAAGUAAACUGCAAUUGGUUUAGCUCAUUGGUUAAUAAUAAAAAGCACAUUUCCUUUUUUUUACAAUUAGAACAACCUUUUGGUACUGAGUUAUUGGUUUAUUCUUUUGUAGAACAAAAAUUACAAGGAUCAUAGAAGAGGGCGUGUUUCUCGUUUCAAGAUCAAGGUGGAUUGAGUGAGAUCAAAGCAACGCUUUUUCAAUACCGGGGAAGAACGUCUCAAGAAUGUCUUAAAAAGGAGGAUUUUAUGCUCAUGGUAAGUAAAAUGAACCUCUUUCAUCUCUACUGUACUCCAAAUCAUCGCUUUACAUAACAUUACAGAGAGUCACCCCAUGAAAGAGAAUCCGGAUAAUUUUUACUUGACUGAAUCCCUUAAUCCAGCAAUAUUUGCUGUUGAAUCCGGAAUCCUUGGUUUUGGAAAUCCGGAACACAUUCUAAGGAAUCCUGAAUCCUGCUGCCUGUAAUCCAGAAACCAAGUUCCACUUGCACAGAAUCCGGGAAUCCAGAAUCCACACCGCAGAAUCCAGAAUCCAAGACUAGGACUCCAUUUCAUGGAUUCCCUCAUAGUCAAACUUAAAGUAAGCGAAGGUGCGAAGAUUAGGUGGUUGCCUGCGAGUAUCGAACUAUACGAGUCUCUUUCGAGAAGAGGUCCCAAGACAUCUGCUUUUAAGCAAAGAUUGUUUACUUGCAGUUUGUAUAUGUGAGGUUCCACGUUGUCACUUAUAAAAGUUCUGUAUACUCUUGGAAGCCUAGUACUGAUUAU